CAGCGGCGGGAGGGCAGGUCUGCGCCGCCACGUGUUCCGACGCAGGAGCGGCCAGCCUGCAGGGCAGAGCGCGGGUAGAUCUUGGGCCGGGCAGCAGAAGUCGCAGAGCGGCGCGGCGGCGGUGGCGGCAGCGGGCAGCAGGCAUGACCAUGGCAGCGGCGGCGGUGGUGGCACGCGGGGCCAGGGCGAGGGCAGCAACAGCGGCGGCUUUGCGGGGUGGCUGCGGGACCGCGGCUCGGGGGCGGCCGUGUGCGGGCCCCGCCCGGCCCUUGUGCACUGCACCCGGGACCGCCCCGGACAUGAAGCGCUACCUGUGGGAGCGCUACCGGGAGGCGAAGAGAAGCACAGAAGAAUUGGUUCCUUCCAUUAUGAGCAACUUGUUGAAUCCAGAUGCCAUUUUCUCAAACAAUGAAAUGAGCCUGUCAGACAUUGAAAUCUAUGGCUUCGAUUAUGAUUACACCUUGGUGUUUUAUUCAAAGCACCUCCACACGCUGAUAUUUAAUGCUGCACGGGACCUUCUCAUCAAUGAACACCGGUAUCCAGCAGAAAUUAGGAAGUAUGAGUACAACCCAAAUUUUGCAAUUCGUGGACUUCAUUAUGAUGUACAGCGGGCAGUAUUAAUGAAGAUCGAUGCUUUUCAUUAUAUCCAGCUGGGAACUGUCUACAGAGGCCUCAGUGUUGUCCCUGAUGAAGAAGUCAUUGAAAUGUACGAGGGGUCCCACGUGCCCUUGGAGCAGAUGAGUGAUUUUUACGGAAAGAGCUCUCAUGGAAACACGAUGAAGCAGUUCAUGGACAUCUUCUCCCUGCCCGAGAUGACCCUCCUGUCCUGCGUGAAUGAAUACUUCCUCAAGAACAACAUCGACUAUGAGCCUGUGCAUCUGUACAAAGAUGUCAAGGAUUCAAUUCGAGACGUCCACAUCAAAGGAAUAAUGUACAGAGCAAUUGAAGCAGACAUUGAAAAGUACAUCUGCUAUGCUGAGCAGACCCGGGCAGUGUUGGCCAAACUGGCUGAUCAUGGCAAGAAGAUGUUUCUCAUCACCAAUAGCCCCAGUAGCUUUGUGGACAAAGGGAUGAGUUAUAUCGUUGGGAAAGACUGGAGGGACCUGUUCGAUGUGGUCAUUGUUCAGGCUGAGAAGCCAAACUUCUUUAAUGAUAAGCGGAGGCCUUUCCGAAAGAUGAAUGAGAAAGGUGUCCUACUCUGGGAUAAAAUCCAUAAGUUGCAGAAAGGCCAGAUAUACAAGCAGGGUAAUUUAUAUGAAUUUUUGAAGCUUACUGGAUGGAGAGGAUCCAGAGUGUUGUAUUUUGGUGACCAUAUAUACAGUGACCUGGCGGAUUUGACCCUAAAGCAUGGCUGGAGGACUGGUGCAAUCAUCCCAGAGUUGAGAUCUGAGCUCAAAAUCAUGAACACGGAGCAAUACAUUCAAACCAUGACCUGGCUGCAGACCUUGACUGGCUUAUUGGAACAGAUGCAGGUUCACAGAGAUGCUGAGUCACAGCUGGUUUUGCAGGAGUGGAAAAAGGAAAGGAAGGAGAUGAGAGAAAUGACUAAGAGUUUCUUCAACGCCCAGUUUGGAAGCCUGUUCCGCACAGACCAGAACCCAACCUACUUCCUGAGGCGCCUGUCGCGCUUCGCUGACAUCUACAUGGCGUCUCUGAGCUGCCUCCUGAACUAUGACGUCAGCCACACUUUCUACCCCCGGAGGACUCCACUGCAGCACGAACUGCCCGCCUGGUCAGAAAGGCCCCCCACCUUCGGAACCCCUCUCCUGCAGGAGGCCCAGGCCAAGUAGCCAAGGGCAAAAACUAGAAACUGUAACUGCCCCUGAUUGGGCAGGCAUGAUGGGGUUGACUUCAUGUGGGUCUGAGUGUUGCUUUUGGAAAAGAUACAGAUAAGCCUUUUGAUAUUUAUUUUGUACCUUACGGAGAAUAAUUCUCCCAAUGUUUAAGACAGGAGCUAGCAGCCCACCCCUCCAGCCUUUCCCUCCAUGCAGGGCUGAAAGGCAAGCUUCACAUUGGAACUCUGAUUUCGCCUUUUUGUUUACUGAGGUCCUGGAACAUCAGGUUUCCUGGGAUAGGUGAGACCACUUGAUGCCAUGUCUGUAUUCUAGCAGGUCAAGCUUGAAACGGUUCUUGACUCCUCCAUGGAACAUUUCCUGAACAUUUACGGGCUAUGCAUUGGGAACUGCAGGGGCACAGUGAUGGGCAAAGAUUAGCUGCUUCCAGAGGGCUGAUUUCGUGGGCUCCACAAUGGCAAAAUGCUGCUGUGAGUGGCAGAGAGGUUCCCCAGGUGAUGGCCAUUUCCCAAAUCAUUUGGUACUAAGGCUUUGACAUUCUGGCACAUCGCAUCAAAUAGAACACAGCCUCCCUGGAAGGACUUAAGUGAGAAAGAACAAGAGAAGCUGCAACUCCUGGACCCUUUUGUCCUCAGUGUGUGGUUCCUGCAUCCUUCCCCAGCAUGGAGGAGGGCAGGAGAGAGGAGAUGAGAGCUCUGGUCAAAACCUUCCAGCUAGUGGAACAGCCUUUUUGUAGAGCCUUCUGCAAGAAACGAGUGGGUUUGAAGAACCAAAACAUUUGUAGUAGGUCUCCCAGGAGCUUGUUAAACCUGGAAACACCACCUGAGUUGGUUUCAUCUGCUCAUUGGAAGAAAGAAAAUGAACCAGGAAAAAGCAUCUUUGUCAUGAAAUGCUAUGCCAUGCCACCCACCCAGUUGAAUUGGAAUCCUGUUAAAACAUGAGAUUUACCAGAAACAGUCCUUGUCUAGAUGGAAACAAACAAGAUCCUGGCUUCUCUCUAAUGAGUUAUCAACUGAGAGGUGCUUGGAUUGGCCAGGGGAGGAGGAAGAUGGCCACCACAACUUAGCCACGUCCAGCCUUCUCUUAGAUUUCACUCCUGUGGUGUUUGUGUGACUAUUUGGGAGUUUGUGUAGUUUGUUUGUUUUUGUUUUGUUUUGUUUUGUUUUAGAUGUCUAAGAUGGGAAAGGGCGAAGGACAUUGAAGCUAAGGAAUAGAUAUGACCUGGCUAACCAAGCUUUUCUCAUUUCUUUCUGUUUUGUUUUGUUGAGAUGGAGUUUUGCUCUUAUUGCCCAGGCUGGAGUGCAGUGGCACAAUCUCAGCUCACUGCAACCUCUGCCUCCCGGGUUCAAGCGAUUCUCCUGCCUCAGCCUCCCAAGUAGCUGGGAUUACAGGCAUGCACUACCACGCCCGGCUAAUUUUGUAUUUCUAGUAGAGAUGGGGUUUCUCCAUGUUGGUCAGGCUGGUCUCGAACUCCCGACCUCAGAUGAUCUGCCCGCCUUGGCCUCCCAAAGUGCUGGGAUUACAGGCGUGAGCCACCGCACCUGGCCUGCUUUUUUCAUUUCUUUCUAGGGGCAAUGCAAGCGGCAUGUAUUCCUUUUGUUGGAGGGAAGAAUCCUUAAUUGCACCUGCAUUUGUAGUAUCCUUCAACGUAAAGUGCAUAUUUACUGCACUCUCUGAGUGCUAUGGGAAUGUCUGCUGUUAUUAGUUAUGGUGCUGCUAAUACUGUUUUAAUUGCAUAUGCUAUAUAAAUACUUCUGUUCAGAUUAGCCUAAUCUAGUAUUGCUAAAACUCAUUUUAAGCUUUUGCGGUAACUUGUAUAUAUUCUUAAAUCUAAAGGAUGGCAGGAACAUGAGGGGAGCUUGUGGAGAGUGCUUGCUUAUUCAACAUUUUUAUUGUGAUAAAUGUAUGUAACCAUCUAUUGAUGAAAUGCAAGUCUGGCAUUCCAUGGGCUCCUUUCCAGAUGGCAGAAACUUAAUGAGUUAUAUAGCAUCCUUUGUAAUGCUGCUUGUUUUAGUUGGAAUGUACUUGUGAUAUUUGGCUGUAUUUAACUAUAAUGGUGAAGGUGACCCUUUAGAUCCAAUAAGGCUUCUCCCCAUCUUUUCUUCUACAUUUUGUUAUGAACACAGUAAGGCACAGUAGUAUGUUCUGUUUUUGGAACAGGGUAGGCAUUUUGUUUAUUGUUUGCUUGCUUCUAGGUGUUUUCGCCAUCAGGGUGUAUUGGAGGCUGACACUUAAUGGGUGUGUGUUGCUCCCAGAACUGCUCGGUGUCGGGGUUCUAAAAGAAUGCGCUGGUGUUCUUGGCUUCAAAUUUCUGCUUUGGAGAAACAGAUUCAGGAAGUAGGUGUUGCUUAAAAAUAAUUCUUGGUUUUUAUCUAAUCAGAUAUUCAUUGGUUACCUACCAGGUGCCAGUUAUAGGGUGUUUUGUUUACUCAAGAAUGAAGUAGAACUAUUUUUAAAACCUGUUUCCGUGAGUGUUUACGUUAGGUGACCUAAGCUUUGAAGGAGAAAAAUAUUUUCGGGGUAUGAAUAAUGAGUUUUGUAAUCAAUUCCCAGUUAGAAGAAUUUCAGUCUCUGGGCCAUUGAGCUUGGCAGUGUUGAGAUCUCCCAUGUGACAGAAGCCUGGCAUCUGGGCCACCAAGGCUCACUGACUGUGUACCUUGCAGACUGUAGACCCAUGUCGUGGCGGUAACGGGGCCGAACACAGUCGUUCCCAUGUGAACGAUGGAGGCACAUCCCACUUUAUUAUUAAUCCUUGUCUAUACUCAGUCAGGACAGAUUUUAACUUGUCGCUGUCAUGACUUUUUUUUUUUUUUUUUGAGGCAAGGUCUCGCUCUGUUGCCCAUUCUGGAGUGCAGUGGUGUGAUCUCGGCUCACUGCAACCUCUUGCCUCCCAGGUUCAAGCAAUUUUCGUGCCUCAGCCUCCCGAGUAGCUGGGACUACUGGUACAUGCCACCAGGCCUGGCCAAUUUUUGUAGUUUUAAUAGAGAUGGGGUUUCACCAUGUUGGCCAGGCUGGUCUCAAACUCCUAGCCUCAAGUGUUCUGCCCACCUCAGCCUUCCAAAGUGCUGGGAUUCUGGGUGUGAGCCACUGUCAUGCCUGGCCUCGUCAUGACUCUUUUUUUUUGUUUUUUUUUUUUUUUGAGAUGGAGUUUUGCUCUUUUUGCCCAGGCCGGAGUGCAAUGGCACGAUCUUGGCUCACUCCAACCUCCGCCUCCUGGGUUCAAGUGAUUCUCCUGCCUCAGCCUCCCGAGUAGCUGGGAUUACAGGUGCCCACCACCACACCCAGCUAAUUUUUUUGUAUUUUUAGUAGAGACGGGGUUUCACCAUGUUGGCCAGGCUGGUCUCGAACUCCUGACCUUGGGUAAUCCACCUGCCUUGGCCUCCCAAGGUGCUGGGAUUACAGGCGUGAGCCACCGUGCCCAGCCUAUCAUGACUCAACUGGGAUCUGGCACACUGCACUGGGUGUUUUGUUCUCUGAUGUGCACAUUGAUGAAUACAUAUUGGUACAAGGGAAACGAAUCUGUUUUCAGCCAUUUAAAAAAUUGUGUUGUAAAGCAAACAAAAAUAGUUUGAACAUUUAAAAAUUACUUUUUAAUAUUGUUUGACUGAUUUUCUAAGAAUUAUGUGAACAAUGAUGAGUCCAGGGCAGCAGCCAUCACAAAUAUGACAGUCCAGCAAGGCCCAUGGAGGUCCCUUUGGAAGGGACUUGCACAGCUGAUUUUCUUUUUCCAGUGUUGUUUUUACGGGUGAAACAUGGCUUUUGAAAUACUUUAGUUGUUUGGCUUAGAGCUCCCACUUUCCCCCUAACAUAGUGCCUCUCUGUUUUUUUAAAACAUUUUACCCUUCGGCACUAUUUUCUGCUAUUCACAUUAAUAUCAUGUAACAUAAACCACUUGCUACUGAUUUGGGCGUAUUACAGACUACAAUUACUAGUUGCUUUGAAUGCAUUGGCACUCUUAAUUAUUGCAAAGGAGAAUUGAAAAGUAGUCUUGUGGUCCUAGUUAAUUUAGCUUUGGGCAAACUAAGUGGCUUUUCUUCUGUCCUCUUCUCAAAAGGCCUUUUAAGCAGCAGAGACUGGGCUAAAUACUGGAACUGAAUUCCACUUUUCUGCCUGCUCAUUUGCUGCCAAAGACCACUUGGGGCUCCUUGUCUAGAAUGCUCUAAGACUAAAUUUGGCCAGACACAGGGUUCCUUGAUUGCUCUGUUCAACUAAUAGAGAACCUACGUUUUGCCUUCUUAAUAUCGACUUUCUUUUGUACCAGGUUUUUCUUUCUUUCUUUUUUGCCUUAGGAGCUUAGCUCAGAGUUCAGCUAACCUUUGACACUACUAGUGUCAUUUAGUAACAGUAACCUUUGACACUACUAGUGUCAUUUAGGAGCUUAGCUCAAAGUUCAGCUAACCUUUGACACUGCUAGUGCGUUCAGGAAAGGGUAGGGAAUGAAGUACCCUUAAUGCAGGGUCAGCAAACUUUUCCUGUAAAAGGCCAGAUAGGAAGUAUUUUUGGCUUUUUGGGCUGUUUGCUUUUGCUACUACUACUGUGGGAAUGACCAUGGUCAUGGCUGUGUUCCAGCACAACUUGAUUUACCAAGACAAGCUGUGGGCUGGAUUUGGCCCUCAGGCUGUGGCUUGCUAGCCCCUGCUCUAAUGGAUUGUGUUGGUGGCAAUGGCAAGAUUCCCUUGCUGAGAACAUGCAGAUGAAUAACGUUAUAGCUGGGAUGCAGAGAGGAGAAAGUUCUGUAGGUAAUAAGUGCACUGUAUUCCCUCUGAGCUACUUCCUGGGCAUAGUUACAUGUAUGGCCAGUGUGUGUACUUGAGCCAUCAGGCUCAGACACUUGUUGAAUAUACCUCUCAUCGCAUUAGUUUGUAAUUGUGCUAGUGCUGGGUGCUGAGCUCAGCUGCCCGGAUGACCUUUCCAGACUGAAGGACAUACUCCCCUAACAGCUGGGAGUGCUGCUGGCUGGCCAUUUACUUCCAGCCCUUAUGGGGAGUUUCCCCUGCUGAAGAGCCCUGCCUGCCCCAGAUCAUACCCCCUUCCUGCCUGUAACCCUUACCGGCUCCAUAUGGGGUACAAAGGGCUGGCCUCCUCACCCCAACUUGGGAAACCCUCUGGGGCCAUCCGAGCUCCAGAGCCCCUUGUGGGGUCAGUGAGACCUCAUUGUGGCCACAUUGCGGCCCAAUGCCUCUCCCUGACAAGCCUGUACCCAGCCGGCUCAGCCCACAGCACUGUCCUAUGAACCUUCCUGCACGCCAUUCUCCACCUCAGUAUCUGCUUUCGGGGAACCCAACCUGCGACAGUGCUUCUGUGCGUUUUCAGUCCUGCAGGUUUGAGCUCUGACUUUGGAGACUUUUCCAAUUAUCUCGUGGAAUGACAGAUUGUGCCUGUAUGAUAUCAGGCACAAUUAAUGCAAAUUAGGCAGACCUAUUUAUUCUAGAUGUGAAUUUGCUAUUUAUUUUAAAUGUUGAUUUUAUGUGUUAUGUGACUCUGAACUUAUUGCCAAAUAAAAGUUUGAAUUGUAUCGUC